CUCUAUGAUGCGCUUGCCUGGCAACGGCCACUUGGGUCUGCGACCAUUCCACAGGCAAACUGUGGGGCAGCCGCUCACACAGGACGAGGAGUCAGACAAUUCGGGUCUCUUCUGAGAACUGACCUGGGUUCUGGAGUUUGCUCUCGUCCCUGACAGGAGACCAGCUCUGCCUUGUCGCCAAGCCACAGUUGGUCACUGGGCAGCCCCUCUGGAGGUCUGGCUAAGCACUGAGGAACUGAGGUGGAACCUUCUAGAAGACAUUGCCAUUGGCCCUGGGCAGAUGUCAGCAUCUCCUCCUGACUGCUGUACGCAGACCGCCUCCGGAAGCACCGUGGCUCACCGUUCCUAGAUCUGCUUCAUGCUUUGGGUGUCUCCAACAUGUCCAGCCCACUGCAGUUUUUAAGCCAUUCGGAUCCAGGAAGGCUUGCUACAGGCCAAACCAAAGAGCCCCGCGAGGCUAAGCCAUCAGAAGCCAGGCAUCAGUCAGCUCACACGGCUCAGAAAAAUCCCCCGGGGGUUCCCAACAGGAACCCAAACAUGUAUAAUAAAAGGACAGCUGACCCAGCUCGUCCUGAACUUGCUGGCUUGUUGGUGAAAAACAAGACUCUCUUAGCUGAGCUAAGGAAUCUUCAAAACAAACUCUUCGUGAAAGAAACUUCAUUGCGGGAGAUGCAGAGCGAGCUGGAGAGUUACAGAGAACACAACGCGCAGCAGACGUUCCAGAUAAUGUCCCUGAAGGAGGACAUCAAGGACCUGCAGGAACUCAUUGCUUCUCUAUCCAGAAUUAAGUCUUUGAAGAACACCAAUAUUCAGAGCCUUGAGAGAGGCAACUGGGACCUGACUGAACGCAUUAUAGGACUGGAAAACUCUCUAAGGUGGGCGAUUGUCUGCCUUGCUCUCACACAUCUCUUUUCUCAGAAGUUUGCAAGUAAUACUUCAGCUCUAAUGGGUCACAGAGUUUAUUUUUUAAAGAUUUAUUUAUUUGACAAGGGUGAAGCUCUCCUGGCCAAGAACUUUGAGAGGGACAUCUUCUACUCUGAAGGACCAAAAGACGGGCAGAAAAUCUGGGAAAAAUGCCAACAAGAUUUGAUCCACAAAGAAAAGCAAACACCCGAGCUAGACAGACGUCCGUAUCCGUGUGCCUGGGGCGCCGACGCGGGGCAGUUCCAGUACCAGCAGCUGCUGAGCCAGCUGGCCACUCUGCUGAGUGACAGCGUCGGCCCCAUAGCAGCCACAGAGGACGCGGUGAAGGAGCGGAUACAGGAGAUGGGCGCCAACGCGCAGUCCUGGAAAUCCAGAACGGAAGACCUGCAGCAGGAGAUCCAGUGGCUCACGAAGCAACUGGUGCAGCUGCACCCUCUCGGUGAAGACGCGGCUCAAGAACCAUCCCCCAGUGAGGAGAAUUACUGGGACCAAAAAAGACCCUUGAGACGCCUGGAAGGAAAAAUUGACAUCAAUGACUUUUUCCAACGGAAAUUGGAUUUGGACAGGAAGAAAGACAAAACAAUCGAAAGGCUCCGCCAAUCCUUAACAAAAGUUGAAACCAUGAAAGGGAAGGCAGUCGGGAAAACAGACAGCGUGAAAACUGCACUAGAGCCUGCGGAGCAAGAAGCAGGAGCGGACACGGAGAGAGCCCGUCCCGUGUCAGACAGUGCCGCUGCCCAGCUCUCCGCAGCAAAGAGCUCCCUGGACGGUGUCUCAGGACGGGAACGAGAGGAAAACCCCAUGGGUAAGAAUUCCCAGAGAGAUGAGCAUGGCAAGAAGUUCCGACAGCUGGAGGAGGACUACAAACAGCAAAUGCUGUUGACGAUUCGGCAGAGUUUGCAGAUUGCUACGACCCAAAAAUUGGAGGAGAAAAUUCAGAAACUUCAGAAACAGCUCAGCGAUUUGAAAUUGUCAAAUAAAAAUAUGAAAACCCAGCUGACGAGAGUAAAUGCCCUUAAAGACAAAACAAUCGAAAGGCUCCGCCAAUCCUUAACAAAAGUUGAAACCAUGAAAGGGAAGGCAGUCGGGAAAACAGACAGCGUGAAAACUGCACUAGAGCCUGCGGAGCAAGAAGCAGGAGCGGACACGGAGAGAGCCCGUCCCGUGUCAGACAGUGCCGCUGCCCAGCUCUCCGCAGCAAAGAGCUCCCUGGACGGUGUCUCAGGACGGGAACGAGAGCUUGUCGACUUCCGAGAAACUAUUAUGAAGAUGUUGGGGUUUAACAUGAAAACAGCAAAUAAGGAAAUCAUCAAUCAGCUGAAGCUUAUUAUACAGAUUUAUGAAAUAUCUAACGAGCCGAAGACUGCGCCUGACGGGGACUCUGGACAGGAAAAGGAAUGAGGAAGUUCUGCCCCCCCCUUCAUACCAAGAGGAACUCAGAAGACGUAGGUGACCCUCCAGCCCCUUGAAGAUGGCUACUUUAUGAAUAAAAUGCACUGGAAAAUUUUCA